AUGUGUUCAGUCUAUACAAAAAUUGCCGACCUUGAUUUAACACGAGAGGAAAAAAAAUCACUACGCAUCCUCUUCACUAAUAAGUCUCUUAUAAGAACCGAAGCAGAGAAAAUUAUUCCUACCUGUAAGGACAAUGAAGAGAUACUUGAUUAUUUGAAAGAACUCCUAAAGCCAGAAUCUGUUGUCACCGUCCAGCAAUCGUUUCCUUCUCAAGAUAUUGAAGUUGUCGCAGAUUCGAUAGUUAACGAACCAUCAAUUUCAUCUGAGUUUUCUCCGUCACAAAAAAACGAUACGCACUUACCCGAAAAUGCCUCUCAACUCCUUCGCUAUUAUGAGCUUUGGAAUAAACCUUACGAUGAUUGGCCGAGUCUCUGCGAAUUUUCAGAGUACUUACGUGAUGUUAAAAAAGCUCGCAUUCAUCAUUCAUUCAAAAUGGAGAUCAGGGCUUUACAGAAAUUAUUUAAAAGUGAUCAUCCCGCUCAGCUGAGGCUCAUACAUUUGGAAGGACAAUUGAAGAAUCAGCAGAAAUCACGGAAAAUCCAUAGAGGAAAUGCUACAAAAGUUUCAACUAAACAGAAACUAACAGAAAAAAGAUUAGAAAUAGCGAAGAACUUGGUGAUUACAAAUGGGUAUCAUCGUAUCAACGAUCAUUACAAUCAUUAUCACGACGCAAGUGCAAAAUUAUUGAAACGAGAUCUUUUGGUGGAUGACGAGAGAACUGAUACAAAAAAAAUGAAAAAAAGUACUGAAGCUCAAUAG